AUGGCGACUGUCAAGAACCAGCCAGUUUGCAAGAGCUGUGGGGGCCGUCGUCCAACAGGCUUCCUGGCCACCGUCACAGGAAUGUGCCUCGCUUGUGCGCAGGCCAGUGCUCGGUCUUCGGACCCUGGACUGGUAGCAGCUAAGACUCCAGCUGCUUUGAAGCCCGCUGCGCAGGGCAACGAAACAAACGAGGAGGAGUCCGGUGGUCAGGAGCUGCCUGUCCAACUCCAGGUCGCGGCUGAGGAAGCCACUGGUGGUGACAAGGGCGACGACGUGUCCCCCAGCCAGGGGACUGCCAACAGUCGCAAGAGGCGUCUCCCCCCAUCAGCAGCCAAUCCAUCUGAUGGGGUAAAAUUGACGCCGGCCUGCGCGAGCUGCAAGCGGUCGAAGAUACGUUGUCCUCAUCGUCGCGCGGUGACCCCCGGCGAAGACAACGUCCCCUCCCGGAAACGGAAACGAGGGGCGGACGAUGCAGUCUCUGCCACGGCCGGAGCCGUCAAGGAUGACGCCGGCAAUGACAACGGCGCGGCUGCCCCGGUGGGCGCGGAGAGCGAGACUCCCCCACCAGCGAAGAAGAGGGUCCAGAAGGUCCGGUUCGUGGGCGAUAAACCCGGGGAUGAAGGUGGGAAGGUCUCUCCGGAGCCUUCAAGCCCGACCUGUGCGGUAGCGGUCAACCACGAGUCCGGCCCCGUGGGUGAGACCACAGCUUCUUUGUCAAGGCAGUCCCAGGGCCGCACGCUCCGCAAACGCAAGUUUGUUGAAGAAGAAGAAGAAGAAGGGGGUUCGCAGGAGAGCGAUGCGCCUUCGGGCGUUGCCGAUGCUCCUCCUCGCCCUACGCGUGCGGCAGCCGCUGCGGACGACGACGUGGUGGUAGUGGCCAGCACCGGAGACGGGGUUGAACCUCCUCGGAAGCGAUCUCGUCGGGGGCGCAAGCCUAACGGCGAUCGGGUUGCCGUCGAGACGGUCGUCCAGACCGACUCUGCCGUCGCUCCCGUUCGACCACAAACCGGCGACGACACCGCUGCUGCUGGCGCUACUACUGUCGCCCCAGCUCCUGGGCCGCGGUCUUUCCCCCCCUUCCCGCGCGACACGCUCGAAGGGGCCGCCCUUUUGUCCCAGCAUACAGUUCUCAGCAGAGAGCUGCAGCAGCGCCUUGAAGAAGCAGAGACCAGGUGGAACGAAGCGGUCACAGCUCUUCACGCAGCCAAACAGGCGUUGGACAAUUGGGUGGAGGUUUGGCGGAGUGGCCAGUGA